UUCAGCCGGCUGAGCGGAUCAUUCGCGUGAGCUCAGCCAUGGAGGAAGCAUCGGCGUCCUCCACGGCUCCGCCAGCCGCCCCCGGCCCGGAGGUGGCGCCCCCAGGUCCACCCCCGGCGCCCUCGCCGCUCUCCGGAGGCUACCUGCUCAUCAUCCUGGGCGAACCGCACUGCGAAGAACACAAGGACAUCAUCCUGCAGCGCCUCGCUAAAGGAUUUCUAUCGUGGGACUCAGACGUUUGCCACGUUGACUUGGAAAAGGAGCUUUUGCACCUUGCAGCUCAAAAUCCAGACGGAGAGGAAUCCAAAAACGGAGAGCGACUUAUUCAGUUCGCAUCCGAGAGCCUGGUGACUGAGGUUCUUAUUCAACCCCAAACUACGACUUUGAUACAAUGUGCAAGGAACUUGCUGUCAAGUUUUACGAGGCACCGACACAUUAUUCACGCCGGCUACACUUUCGCUGGAAAUGGCUCCUGGGCAUUGCAGGAUGGCACUUUCUCCUUGCUCGAUUUCUUGGACGCCUUGCGAGAGCCCGAGCCACAGCGAGUUAUCAGAGCUUACGAGAACAACGUUUCUAUCGACAUUCAGUGCUCUGCCGAGGGCGAAUGGAGCACUGCCAAGAUCACCAAAGAGCCCGGAACAAAGGGCUGCAUGGUCAGAGUUAACCCGGAUGACAAGAUGACUGCCGGAAGCCCCGGCAUCACGCAGUUCGUCGAAUACAUUUCAAACUUCUUGGUUCCGGCGCGGAUCGAAGAGCUCCUAGAGCCUUCAGAUGUCGUCGGCAACAUCAGAUUCAGCCAUCCGACUCUCUAUGUGUUUCCAGGAGGUCAGGGUGACGCAGCACUCUUUGGAAUCAACGGAUUUAAUAUGCUCGUGGACGGCGGCUAUAGCCGCAAAUCGUGUUUCUGGGAUUUUACCAGGCACCUUGAUAGACUGGACGCUGUGAUGGUAACCAGAAUUAAUAACAGCAACGUCGGCGGCAUUGCUUCCGUGCUAAAGAGAAAAACUUUGGGUUACGUUUAUCCUCAAAUAGGACACUUUUUCUGUAACAUGCAAGAGAGAAGGUCGCUGCCUUCGCCGGACGGAGAUAAAGACCGGGACCCACUAUUGAUCGACCUGCUAGACGAAGGACACUCGCUUAUUGCGAAUCUGCGCCUUCUUGAACUGAAGCCGCACGCUUGCUACAGGGAUUCUGUGAUUGAGCCAAUCAACCUUUACCACAAAGUUGGUCAUGGAAAAUUGGACAUGUAUGUGCUAAGCCCAGCCAAGGACUCGAAAGAUGUCAGAGAAUUUCUUGCCAAAUGGUCGACAAACGACCAAAAAUUAUUCACUUCAAAAACGUCGAAAUUGGACUCGCAGUUCCCGCUGUACAACAUGACGUCAAUUUGCGCACUUCUGGUGUGGCAGCCUGCGAAUCCAACUGACACAAUUACGAGGAUUUUGUUCCCUGGCAGCACGCCUCAGCACAAGAUUUUCGAGGGCUUAGAAAAAAUUAAGCACCUGGAAUUUUUAAAAUUCCCGACUUGCACUGCCAAAUCAAUGGCGCUGUCAGCUGCACCAAAACCGAAAUCGAAACUCUUCGAUAAGCCAGCAAUUGAGACCAAAGUGAAGAAGAUCACACCUGCUAUCGAAAAGUCUAUUCCAAUUGAACCGAAAUCAAAGCUACUUGAGGCUGAAAAAAAUAACAAGAAUAACUUGUCAUCUCAAAGGGUAGAACGCAAAUCAACUUCCAAACAAGAAGACAAGAAAGACUCUCCACCCACUCCAAAAAAGGCUGUUGAAGCCAAGCCAAAGAUCGAAAAGGUGAAAAGGUCCAGGUCUCCUACCAUUCCACCAGCCAAGAGUGAUAAAGAGGCAAACAAUCGCAAAGUGCUUGAAUCAAAAAUAGAAAAAUCUAAAACUUCAACAGUAAAAUCUGCGCCUAAGCGAGAGCCACCAAAAGAAACUAAGGCGGUUAGUGAAAAGAAAUUUGUUUCUUUAAAGAAACCAAAGGCAGCGCCUCCAGCUAAGCCAUCGCCUCCUGUAUCGCCUAAGAAGCAACUAAAGCCGAAAUCUAGUCCUAAAAAAGUCUUAAAGAGGGAAGUAAAAUCAACAACUAAAAAAGUAGAAAGGGUAAUAAAGGCAAAAGCACCACCUGCUUUGGCUGACGAGAAGCCUGGAGAGAGCAAAGUGGAAACUGAAGAGCCAAAACCAGCACACGUAGAAAUUGAAGCUGUUGAUGAUGUUCUUACAGCCACAAUUGUUAAAGAGGUGGAAGCAGCCGAGGAGCAGUCAGUUGAGGCAGCUGACGGUGAGGCUCCGAGUGCCUUGCAAAGCCAAGCGGAAGAUGUGACAGAGGAAGAUAUACUCUCAGAUAAGCAAGGCGAUGCUGACGAAAAAGUAUCGGAAACUGAGGGUGAUAUUGACACGCAGGUUGACGAAGAAAUGGUUACUGAUGAUGGCGAAAAUAAACAUAUCCGUGAUGAGGAAGAAUCUGAGAAGGAAAGGGCAAAGAAAGAUACUGCAGAAGCAGAAGGUGUUGAUGCUCAAAUUGAAGAGCAGGAAGAAGAGAAGCAGCUUGAAGCAGACGUACCUGAAGUGACAGAUGCUGGCGUUGAAGUCACUACAGAGAUAGUACCAGCGGAAACUCCGGAAAAAGAGAUUGAAAUUAAAGAGGGUCACGGAGUACAGGAUCAAGAGGUAUUGGACGCCAAAGACGAGCCUUUGAUCGUUGAAAGAAGCGAGGAAAUAAGCGCAGAUAAGCUUCCUGAGAUAAUUAAAGAAAAAGAAGCCGAGGAAGAAGUAAAGGAUACUGCAGAUGAAACGGUUGCUCCAGUUCAAAGUGAUGAAAACCAAAUAGAAGUUAAAGAUGUUACCCCUGAGCUUUGCGGCGUGGUUGAUGUGAUUGCUGCAGCCGUUGCAGAUGAACAGACAGUGGAAGAAAAAGACGGAAAAGACAUAAGUGAGGAGACGAAACAAAAAAUCGAAGGCGAAGUGAAGGAAAUAAUAACUUCUGCGCAGUCAAAAGUUGCUGAAGAAGAUGCAACAAAAGAAACCAGGGAAACAGAGUCAGUUGCAGUAGAGGUUGAUGCACCUGAUACAAAAAUCGAUAUUUCAUCGGAAAAACAGAAAGAAGACUCUCCCCAGGAAGACAAAAAAGAUAUUAAAAUGGAAGAAGGCACAAACACUAAAAGCCAACCUGAUGAAAAGCUCUCAGCAAUGGAAACCUCUGCAACUACUGCUCCUUCAAUGCCUGAAGAUGAAAAAAUUGAUGACAAAAUUAUUUUAGAUGGAAUUGUGGAGGAGAAAGUCGAGGAAAAAUUGGUCGUUGCUGAAGUGAAAGAAGCUGCUCCCCCAACCAUUGAACCUUUGAAAGCUAUCCAACUGGAGCAAACUCAUCUACAACAUCACAGAGAUUUGGUUAAAACACCUGACGAGGUUGCCGAUUUGCCCAUGCACGAGGAAGUUGAUGGCGUCUUGUUUGAUAGUUCUGACGAUAAAAAGAAUGAUGAAGACAAAAUUGAACAAUCACCAGAAUCAUUGGCCAAUAAAGCUGCAGCAAAAAUAGACGAAAGUGUCCCAGAAGAAAAUAUUAAUGCAACUGAAGUAGCUGCCGAGGGCACAGAAGUAAUAGAAAGCACUCCUGAGCAAAACGAAGAGCAAACAAAGGAAAUUAUUGGCAUUAAGGAAAUGCAAAAAUCUGCUAUUGACGAGAAAGAAGUUGAUACGACAUUAGAAUCGAAACACGAUAAGAAGCCAACAGAAGCUGGCAGCAGCCUGCAGAAAGAUAUGGACGAAGACGUUAAAGAAGAGGUUGAUGCCGUUCCAAUUGGCCAUUAUCAUGAAGUUGAGGAAGCAGUUGGCCAAGAGAUUAAAAAUGUCGGGGAUGAAAAGAAAGACGAAGAGAAAAAAACUCCUUCCCCAGUCCAGGAAACAAAAAUCGACCAGAAGGAUGAUGAUGCUGUAGACAGUGCUGCUGCACAAAACGGUUUAGAGCUCAGUGAGUUUGAGAAGGUGAUCGAUGAAGAAUAUGGCAUUAAAACCCAGAUGAAGCCCGCAGCUGAGGAACCAUCAAUAAAAGCUGAGGCGGUUGUUGAAGUCCAGAGUUUAAGUAUAUCAACCAAAUUUCCCGACAAAGAGGCGCUAGAUAUUGAAGAAAAAGACAAGGAAUCACCUAAAGGCGAUUUAGAGCUUGCAGAAGUUGAAACAGGAAGCGAUGGACAUCUAAACGAUCUGUCGCGAGAAAAGGAUGAAUUUAUCAUUGACAUUGAUGAGAAAGGAUCCGACGCUGUUGGCAGGCGUCUUUCGCAAACCUCGCCGAAACAGGAUUUGAAACUCCUUGAGGAAGAAACAGAAGAGGCUAUAAAGGACGAGCCAAGAAGUGUCGAACAAAAACCCGGCUUAAGUGAAUCCGAUAAAAUUGCUCCAACUGAGGCUUUGGACGAGACCACAAGUCUUAAUCAGCCAGAAGCUUCAAGAGAAGAAUCAAAACAAACAUCAAGAACCCCUUCUCCACAAGUGGACACUUUGCCUGAAGCAGAGCCUAAAACAUCUACAGAAAAAUCAAAUUCUCCUUUGCCCGUGGCAGUUGAUCUAGUUCAAAGAGAAGAUCUUGCAACACCUGUAUCCACUGAACCAUCAAAAAUUGCAACUGUAGGCGAAGAUGGAUUCGUAAAACCAUCCGAUUUAGCUGGUGUGAAGCAGAUCAUUUUGGACUCUACCGAAACAAUGCAACUUGAUUCCAAGAACAUUGUAAGCCAAGGAUCUACUGACCCAAUUAAAGAAGAGCUUACAAUGCCUAAGUCACCACUUGAAGACGUGACAGGUGGAUCACGACCUGAAUCGGCUGAACCCAUGAAGGAGGACUCACCAAAACAAAUGGAAAAAUCUGAUCCAAUUAUUUCAUCACAACCUGAGCCAACUGACAAAAUGCUCCCAAAGGUUGACGCAAUCUUUGAUGAUAAACUUUUGCAACAUCUUGGCUCAGCAGGAGAUGACAAACAAGACUCAACAGGCGCAAGUCAUUUGGAACUCAUUGAACCAGCACAGGCAGAAUCUAGAGAGCACUCUCGACCGCAGUCCUCCGCAAAAUUACACAUGGAGGAUGCUACAAGUCCUAAACCAUCGGAAUUGGCCAAUGUGGAAUUGAAAGAUUCUUCCAGGCCUGUCUCUUCAGAUGAAAUUAAGGCAUUGUCACCUGAACCAAUGAAAAUCGAUUCAGAAACAUCUCGUCCAGUCUCCGCGGAGCUAGAAAAUGAUGAUUUAAAGGGAAAAUCUCGGCCAGUGUCGGCAGAGCUGGAAAAAUUAGAAAAUAAUGAUAUUACUCUACCAAAACCUGGAUCGAAAGAAGGUUCUCGUCCCGAAUCAACAGAACCUGAGACUGUUGCAAAGGAAUGUUCAGGGCAAGACGAAGUAAAAAUCAUAACAAAAGAACAUUCUCACCCUGAAUCAGCAGAGCUAUCAAAAACAGAACCAAAAGGACUUUCCAGGCCUGAAUCUACCGAGCCAGUAGUAUCAGAUUCAAGAGAUCACUCAAGACCUGCGUCCACAGAUAAGAAAUUAGUGGAUUCAAAGGAUCAAUCGAGACCCGAAUCAUCAGAACUAAAAUUAGCUGAAGAGAAGGACAAUUCGAGUUCGAGACCAGUUUCCGCAGAACCAGCAAAAUCAGUUGCAAAUGACCAAUUACAACUAGAUCUUACCGAGUCAAAGGACCAAACUAAAACAGUUUCCACAGAGCCACUUAAAAAAGACUCUACAGAAUCUCUCCAAUCUGAACCAGCAGCUGAAGUUAAGGAUUCAAAGGAGCCCUCACGGCCUGCGUCCACGGAACUACCAAUAGCAGAAUCAAAGGAGCCUUCUAGACCUGAAUCUGUAGAGGUACCAAAGGAGCCUUCUCGACCAGAAUCUGUAGAGGUACCAAAGGAGUCUUCUCGACCUGAAUCUGUAGAGGUACCAAAGGAGCCUUCUCGACCUGAAUCUGUAGAAGUACCAAAGGAGGGCUCAAAAGAGCCAUCACGGCCUGCCUCCACAGAAGUACCGAGAGCAGAAUCGAGAGAGCCCUCAAGACCUCAAUCUGCAGAGCCAGAGAAAGCAGACUCAAAGGUGCCCUCACGCCCUGCGUCUACAGAACUGCCGAAAGCCGAAUCAAAGGAGCUUUCUCGACCUGAAUCAGCAGAGAUAGAAAAGGCAGGUUCAAAAGAGUCAUCACGGCCUGCCUCCACAGAAGUACCGAGAGCUGAAUCGAAAGAGCCCUCAAGACCUCAAUCUGCAGAGCCAGAGAAAGCAGACUCAAAGGUGCCCUCACGCCCUGCGUCUACAGAACUGCCGAAAGCCGAAUCAAAGGAGCUUUCUCGACCUGAAUCAGCAGAGAUAGAAAAGGCAGGUUCAAAAGAGUCAUCACGGCCUGCCUCCACAGAAGUACCGAGAGCAGAAUCGAGAGAGCCCUCAAGACCUCAAUCUGCAGAGCCAGAGAAAGCAGACUCAAAGGUGCCCUCACGCCCUGCAUCUACAGAACUGCCGAAAGUCGAAUCAAAGGAGCUUUCUCGACCUGAAUCAGCAGAGAUAGAAAAAGCAGGUUCAAAAGAGUCAUCACGGCCUGCCUCCACAGAAGUACCGAGAGCUGAAUCGAAAGAGCCCUCACGACCGCAAUCUGCAGAGCUAGAGAAAGCAGAUACAAAGGAGCCAUCACGGCCUGCGUCAGAAGAACUAGCAAAAGCUGAAUCCAAAGAGCCAUCUCGACCUGAAUCUGCAGAUGUAGCAAAGGAUGGUUCAAAAGAGCCCUCCCGGCCAACCUCUACGGAGCUACCGAAAGCAGAAUCAAAAGAGCCUUCUAGGCCCGAGUCAGCAGAUGUAGCUAAGGAUGGUCCAAAAGAACCCUCCCGGCCUGCCUCUACUGAGCUACCGAAAGCAGAAUCAAAAGAGCCUUCACGGCCUGAAUCAGCAGAUGUAGCAAAGGAUGGUUCAAAAGAGCCCUCCCGGCCAACCUCUACGGAGCUACCGAAAGCAGAAUCAAAAGAGCCUUCUAGGCCUGAGUCAGCAGAUGUAGCUAAGGAUGGUUCAAAAGACCCCUCCCGGCCUGCCUCUACUGAGCUACCGAAAGCAGAAUCAAAAGAGCCUUCUCGGCCUGAGUCAGCAGAUGUAGCAAAGGAUGGUUCAAAAGACCCCUCCCGGCCUGCCUCUACAGAGCUACCGAAAGCAGAAUCAAAGGAACCUUCUCGACCUGAAUCUGCAGAGGUAGUGGCCAAGGAUGGCUUAAAAGAGCCCUCAAGGCCGGCGUCUACGGAGUUACCAAAAGCAGAAUCAACCGAGUCAUCACGACCUCAAUCCACAGAGCCAAAAAAAGCAGAUUCAAAGGAGCCCUCACGUCCUGCAUCUACAGAAUUACCAAAGGCUGAAUUCAAGGAGCAUUCUCAACCUGAAUCUACUGAGAUGGCUAAAGAUGGCAAAAAAGAGCCCUCAAGACCUGCGUCUACAGAAGUACCAAGAGAUGAAGUGAAAGAACUAUCAAGACCUCAAUCUACAGAGCAAGAAAAGGCAGGACCAAAAGAGUCUUCUCGACCUGAAUCUGCAGAAGUAGUAAUGGAUGACAAAAAAGAACCAUCACGGCCUGCCUCCACAGAAGUACCAAAAGAUGAAGUGAAAGAACUAUCACGCCCUCAAUCUGCAGAAAAAGAAAGGGCAGAGUCAAAGGAGCCUUCACGGCCUGCCUCAACAGAAUUAACAAAGGUUGACUCCAAAGAGCCUCCUCGACCAGAAUCUGCAGAGGAAGCUAAGGAUGGCUCUACAGAGUUAUCGCGGCCUACCUCCACAGAACUUCCAAAAGUUGAUUCCAAAGAGGCUUCUCGACCCGAAUCUGCAGAGGAAGCUAAGGAUGGCUCAACAGAGUUAUCGCGGCCUACCUCCACAGAACUUCCAAAACUUGGAUCUAUUGAUCCUUUACCGCUUCAAUCUGCAGAGCCAGAGAAAGCAGGAUCAAAGGAGUCUUCCCGGCCUGCCUCAACAGAAGCACCAAAAUCUGAAUCAAAAGAUCUCUCUCGACCUGAAUCAGUAGAACCAGUCAAAUUAGAGUCUAAUGAACCAUCGAGGCCAGUGUCAACUCAAGAAGAAAAAAUUGAUACCAAGCAGCCAUCUCUGUCUGAAUCCACACAGCCUUCUAAAGCUGAAUCUUUAAAACAAGAUUCAACAGAGGCUUAUUCUGUAACCGAUGCAAAAGAGAAUUCGCGUCCAGAAUCAACACAGCUAAAAUCUGAUUCUAAGGACACAUCUCGACCUGAAUCUGCAGAGCCAAAAAACAUCGAAUGUAAAGAAGAAUUGCACUCAGUAUCACAGUCAAAAACCGAGUCUUCAAAAUCAAUCCCAGUAGAACCUGAAAUUGUGGAACUGAAAAAAGGCGCUGUUGAUGCAGAAACGUUAGGACGACCUGAGUCAACUGAAAUGGGGAAAAUUGCUGCAGAAGUUUUAUCAAGACCAGAAUCAACUCAGCAAGGUUCAAAAGAGGCUUCACGUCCAACUUCCACCGAGCUUCAAAUCACCAAACAAAGCGAUAAAGCACAGUCUAAGGAUGAGGAUGUAGAGCAGAGUGGACCUUCAAAAACUUCUCGACCUGUAUCAACUGGAGAAGAGGAAAAAUCUCAAGAACCUGCAAGUUCAAAGUCAGUUGAACAAGUUAGUGCAGACAAAAAUAUGUUGCAAGAAGUUGUUGAAGAUUUUGCACUUUCCAAAUUAGAAACAAUCCAUAGCGCUUUGGAUUCAACAAGUUCUAAAGAGACAACCCAAGAGCAAUCUUUACCCUUGGCGACAAAUUCAGAUGAACAGUCGUGUAAAGAGAGCAAAGAAACAAUAGAAAUCAGGGAAAAGCCUACCAUAGUAAGUGGUGAAACAUAUCAGGAAUAUUCAGAGGCCAACACUUUGACUUCAAGUGAAAAAACGGAUGAUUUGACGAGCAAGAAAAUGGAUGCACUAUUUACGGAUGACAAAGAGAUCACAAAAUCUCCCUCACCAGAACCUGAAUUAAGAGAUAUCGAGUUUUUCAAAGAGGAGAAGUCUCCAUCACCAGCUCCCUCAAUAAAUGAAGCUAAUGCUUUACUAAAUGGGAAGCCUCUCUCUGGAGCUCCAUCACCAUUACCACCACUGGAUACAAACGAAAAAAUUCCCGUGGUUGAAGCUUCCCUAGAGCCCAUUUCACUUGCAAAGAUCGAAUCUGAGGAUAAGGUGUCAGUUCGAGAAGAAACCCUUUCAGCAGAGUCGAUUACAAAAGAAGUAGAAACGACAGAAGUGGAUGCACACAUUGAAAAAUCCGAAUCUCUGAAAGACUUAAAACUCGGAUCAUCCACAGUAGCUUCUUCCUUGGCUGAAACCGAGGGUGGAAACAAUUCCUCUUUACUGACAAAUACUGAGAUUCAAAGUGCUCAACACGUACCGACUGAACCGAGCGUCUCACUAUCGCCAAUAUUGAUUGCAGAUGAUUUUACUCAAUCAAAGGAAGCAACUAGUCUCGAAAAAUCACCAUCUCCCAGCCGGACAGUUGUUGAAGAGAGUAAACUCCCAAUCAAUGGACAGGCGGAAAAAAGUGAACCAAUACAGUUCGUUAGGAAGUUGUCAGAUGGAGUGUCAGCUUCCCCAACUCCAAAGGAUCUUGACGUAUCUGGGUCAACACCACUGCCAAUGGAGCAUUCAAGCAAUGAUAAACAAAAGUCAAAAUCUCCUUCUCCAGCUCCAUCUCUCAUUGAUGAGAAGAAAUCACCUUCCCCAGAACCUUCAGUAAAGGACAAGGAUUCAAAGACGCCAUCUCCCCAACCAACCAAGCUAACUGAAUCUAAGAGCGAAGAGGAAACACUAGAAAAUAAAAAGAAAGCAGAAAUAACACAGUCACCUAUACAUGAUGAAAACAAAACCUCGCCAACAGCGCUCACACAUUCGAUUCUUCAGGAGGAUGAAAAAUCUGCUGAGCCAAGUAAACAGACAGCCGCAUCACAUAGCGCAGAAAAGACACCUUCACCAUCGGAAGUGUCAGACCCAAUCACAGCAAGUUACAUUGAAAUCAUCAACAAGUUGCAAAGCGACUCAACUGAGAGUGGUGGUGGCAAACCAGUUUUAGCACAAAUCGAUGACCCAAUGACAAGGUCAACUCUUUUCGAGCAAGACAUUGAUUCUUCUGAUGUACCUGAAUACGAAAAAACCCAAAUUGGAGCAGAAAUUGACCCUCUACAGUCGGGUGAUGAGCACACAAUUAAGAAAAGUCAUCAUCGUCUAAUGCUAACUGCAAGCAGUGAAGAUGGUGGUGGUGAAACGGAGUUUGAUACUGUUCCCUUAACUUCACAAGAAAAAGGCAUCAAAAUUGAACCUGAGAAACCCACAGAUGUCGGUGAAAGUUCUACUGUGCGAGUGAGCACACCACCUUCAAGCAGUGCUGAGAAGAAAACUUCUUCCACUGGAGUGAAUGUGGACAAAUUCUCAAUUCCAGAGGAUGUCAAAACAAUUGAAAGAGCAGUCGAUAAACAAAUAGAAUUGGACCACUCAUCAAUAUUCGUCGCAGCUAAUGUUCCACUAAAAGAUGAUAUUGAAAUUAGCUCAACUAAAAUGUACGAUUCAAGCAAAGUUAGUAACACUGAGCGAGUACCUUCUCCAGGGUAUGAAAGUGACCACGAUAAUGUUCCUCCUUCUCCUCACAGUGAUAUUAGCAGUGGUCAAAUGUCCCGGGAUCCUCACGUCUGGGACGACAACAGGUCAUCGUCAAGGCAGAGUGAGAUCAGUGAUAAGGAUAUCUCAUCUCCACCUUUUACGACGUCAAAAAUGAAAUUUGACGUGACACCUCAGUCAGUUAUGACUGGUUCCUUCUAUGGAGGUCUCCCUGGUGAUGAAGAGUUCGCUCCGAUCGAGUCAAUUGCAAAGGAUGUCAAAGACUCAAAGAACCAAAUCGCAAAGUUGGGUGAAAUCGCUAUUGCGACUGAGAGUGCUGUGUCUGAAUCGCUCCCUAUGGCUGGUCCUUCAUUGAGCUCUCAAGAAAAAGCUGAGCCAAAGUCCACCAGCACUGCUCCAAAAGACCCCAUCGAGAGUUGGGGAAAACCUUUAGGUCUUCCAUCCCCAGCCCCACCAGCAACGAACGACACAAUUGGAAGUCAGCAUGGAACGCCCAAAAAGGAGAAGACUGCUGCCGCGAAAAAGGCUGUAGACAGGUCGAAAGCCAAAUCAAACAAGGACGCCAGCACUAAAAACAAAAUCCCGACCAGCCCGAUGUAUUUCGAUCUAACAUAUGUGCCCCACCACGGAAACUCAAAUUACUCGCAGGUCGAGUUCUUCAAGAAUGUACGCGCAAGAUAUUACGUUUUCAGCGGUAUCGAGCCCAGCAAGGAAGUCUACGAUGCUCUCCUCGAAGGCAAACAGUCAUGGGAUGAAAAGGAUUUAGAAGUAACUAUUAUCCCAACGUACGAUACGGACACACUCGGUCAAUGGGUGGCCGAGAAUGAAGAGAGCAUAGCCCUAAACAAGAUCGACCUUUCACCUUCAGCCAGUAGGUGCACCAUCAAUCUGCAGGAUCAUGAGACUAGCUGUUCAGCUUACCGCCUUGAGUUUUAAAUGUACUUUAUGCGCAACAAACACACCUUAGGGCAUUCAAUUCACAUAAUUAGUGUCCCCAUCACUAAACUUCGUAAUAACACCUCAGAGUAGUAACUCACACACACAAUUUUUUUCCAAAAACAAAGAUUAAAAGAACGGUUUAAUUUCGGAUUUGAAAUGAAGAUGCUAUAAAAAUGGACGCCUGCUGCCUAUAACGAGGGAAUUUGCAAAUAGUUUGGAGAUAUGGAUUAUUUUUGAGACAGCACGCAUUGAGGUGUGUCGCGAUUCAUUCAAUAUACGGUCUAGGGGAAUGUCUCUCGUGAUAAGACUGAACAGGAUUUGGUAUUUUUCUCAUAUUUUCCGCCUCAUUAAUGACGCCCACCCGCCUCAAAAGAAUCCUCCUGUUGGGAAAGCUUCUCACGUUGAAAAUAUCACAUAGUUUGGACUCUAAAUAGUUGCCAGGUGAUUCGUUCUAUCCUCCGCUUUGUUUCCGAACCAUAACGCGUUUGACGCAUUCUCCGUAGAUGAUGUGUAUACUGGAAGCGCAUAGCUAAAUGAUCGUUCCGACUUUGUGUGCUUCAUUCGUAAACAAGAGUGGCGCGUCGCCCGCGAGAGAAGUGAAUAACGGGGCGACGUGCUCUCUUGAGAAGAUACUUGUCAAACAAUCUGUAAUACCUCGACAGCGAGAGCAUUCUAAUCGCGAGAUUCGUAUUUCAUGAAAAAAUGUCGCAAGAAUUUGAUCUCAACAAGCAUCUUAUUUUCAUCGUUAUUCCGUCGCUAAUACAAGUUUCAAAAAUGAAAGUCCAGUUUUUAAUAAAGGUCCAUUUUUCUUGAAUAUCAACUUGUUAGCAAAACUAAAAAAAAAUAACGUGUAGUAUAUGAUAUGUUAUUGAAAAUACAUUGUCCACGAUUUUGGAUGUGAAACUUUAGUAAAUUAUACACGACACUUUUUGAAAAACUGCGACUCACGCCAGAUACUAGAAAAUACGUUUGGAUUUCAUUUGAAUUUACAUACGCAUUCCAAAUGAAACAAAAAGGAAAAAAAUAUAAAUAGUUUGCUUUACACUUUCUUCUUAGUUUGGAGGAUUGUACUGUAGAUGUAGGUAAGAAAAUACAAAAUAUAAUAUCGAAAAAGAAAUGUGAUGGAAAUAAAUGAUACGAGAAAAUGCUGGGAAAUGCACAAUCUCUGGAGUACUAUCGGAAAGAGCAGAUUAAUUGGGGGUGUAUUUUCUCUUCCUAAAUAUAAUCACACAAUAUAAUAUGUUUCAGUGUUUCGUGGAAAUCACAUUUAUCUACUAUAAUUGCUUGCGAAUCAGUUGUAGGAAAAUGAAAACACGAAUGAAAGUGACGAUUUGAGUGUCAAAAAAGUCAAAAAUUGCUUCAAAUUAUAAUUUUUUGCGGAUAAGACGAAAAGCUGGAUUUCACUAAAAUGAUCAAGACAUUUUUCGCUACUUGUCUUGCAGGAGAGGAUAACAAACGUGCAUAUUUAUUGAGAUUCGGGUGAAAAUAAGGCAGCCAGGGUGUAAACAUGUGCGUUAGAAUGAGAUUUAGCGCGUCGAAAUAUUGACGCACGUGUAUUUGUAUAACGAUUAACGAGAAAAAAAUGAAUUAAAAUAGUUCAUCUACGAUUGGCACUGUACGUGAUAAAUAUUUAGUCAGUUGAAUCUUACAAUACAAGAAUGUGCAUUCAACUGUUCCCAAAGUAUAAUUGUGACUUCAUUCUAGUUUCGGCCCUUUAAAUGAUGUAAGUGGUUAAUUUACGAUGCAACCAUGAACGUUAACUUGAAAGUGACACACUUCAGUAGGCCUAAAACACGUAACUUUACGCCGUACUGCGUCAGUUAUCAUUACUUCUAAAGAUUUCGCCUCGAAGUGGAAAAAAAUGAAAUUUCAGUCGUUUCAUUCAGCAUAUCGUGUGAUUCGGUAAUAUUAGCGUAAUUGCGUAGCGUUAAUUCUCGCAUAAGUUGGAUAAAAAUAAUGUGAUUGGGGAAAGUGGAUAAUUUCCAAAUCGGAGAAUAAUAAUAUUGCCUGUGCGGAAUAUUUUUAUGGAUGUAGGUAGAUUUCCCCUCGCUUUUGAGGAGUUGAAUUCCUAAUUAGUCUUAAAACAACAACGUUCCCUUUGUGCUUUUGUUUCAGCAAAAUGUGAUCUUAAGUUGGUUUGCGUUUCGGAGAAGUUGAAAUAUACGCAACAACGGGGAGCGAUGUGAUACUUAAUUUGAUGGUUGUCUGACACUAGGAAAGGAGCACAAUAAUUCGGUUGCUGUGCUGGCAAUCAGAUGAGAAAAAUUCGCUCUUAACUAGCCAGAAACGCGUGAAAAAUGCCUGGAAAAGGAGCUUGCGCGAAACGAAUGAGCAGUCUGUUUAUUUCCUAAACCACGCAGAACGAGAAGUUAAGGAAGCGAACGCUUUUGUCAGAUCGCCAAUGCAGCAACGCGCAAAACAUAAAGUAGUGUUGCUUAAGCCAUCGGAGUCAAAUUGGUGCUAAAAUAAGAAAGAAAGUUGAAAAUAAUUAUGCCUUUCAAGCGGCGGCCCAGGUUUCUGGACAGAGUGUGUCAAAGCGGCCGCGCGCCAUCGCUGAAGUAGCAUGUCAAAAUUCUGUGAAUAGAGAUUACUCGUUCCAAUCGCAAAAAGAUGAGCUCAAAUUGCUUGAAGCGGCUUUUAAAUUAACCUACUCUCAACACAGAAACACAAGAGAAUGAGUGAAUGAUAGUCCUGUAAUAAAAGAGCGGCUAUUAGUUUGGAGAAACGAUUUAAAAGACGGCAGGAAACGUUUUGAAAUUUGACACCUUCUGUAAUUCCUAUAUUUUUAGUGCGAAUAAAAAACCCAGUAAAAUAUAGCGCAUUACCAAAUUUGUUAAACGCUAAAAGCCUGGGUUUAUUAAAAGCAAAUUGUAAUUGCAUUGCUGUGAGUUUCCUUGCCCAGAGUUGUUUUUCUAGGGCACACCAUUCGCACGUAGAUAAUUUAAAUUUGUGUACUAAAUAUAAUGCUGUGGAAAAUUGUAGAAUUAUGUAAGACGCAAAAACACUUUGGUCGCCAUUUACCAAUCAUCUCUUAUAUAUUGCUUUGGAAAAUUUAAGGUUAAAAAACAUAAAUAUAUAUGCACUUCUCGAUAUUUCCUUGCAACUUUCCCUAAAGAAAAGAAAAAACAGACACACACUCGCUGUGUAUGUAUUGAAUGGAUAAAAUAUUCUAUAUUAUGACAAGUAAGAAUAAUAAAGAUAAUUUAAUUGCUUUUGGUGCAUUUGUCGUGAAGUAAAAAUAAUUAUAUUAAAUGUAUAGCUACACACACGAAGAAAAAAGAAUUUGUGCAAAAAAGCGACGUUUCUAUUAGAAAAAUUGAAAUCGCGAAAAUAUCCUAACUAGUCAUUUUCCCCGCUGCUAACUGGAUUUGUAUGGCUCAAUUGUGAAGAAACCACCACAUUCUAAGAUAUUUAAUUUGUGUGAUGUGAGACUUAUGCAAUUAAUUAUAUAUUCAAUAAACAAAACUGUAGCAACAAAACAUCCGCAAAA